CAUUAAAGUACUCAAGAUCGGGGUUUUAUUUCCCCCCGACAACUCCGUCCUGAUGGUCGAUUCAUGCACAGCUCGAUGACGUAUCUGGAUUUGCUUUUCAUAGGGGGGGUGCAUUCCUCGGCCCCUGAAUUAUUUGCUUGCUCUACCAACAUUGUCCUCGUGCUGUGCAGAAUCUCUUGUUUCUGACAUACCCACUCGCUGUCCCAGUCUGGCUGUCGACCUCUUUGUUCCCAGCCCAACGAGAUACUCGGACCAAUCCUCCUCGCCCAGAGACUCCACCCGAGAGGACAGAGCUGUCAGUUUCAAAUUCGAAGCCUCCACCCGAUCGCGAACCUGCUGCAUUCUCAUUCUCAUUCUCAUUCUCAGCACCUUGCAAUGUCUGCGGUCAAACCGGCGUUUUAUAAAACUCCGCCAAACGCCGACGGAGUUCGAUGGGCCCCAAGCGCCCCCCACUCCAGUAAACCAGCCCAAUCAAAUCGCGUCUGUGAUCGAUGUAUUCAGAAAAAGGUCAAGUGCGACUUGGUAUACCCUAGCUGCUCAAGCUGUAGAGAUGCUAGGGAGGGUUGUAUCUAUUCGCGAGUGCGUAAGAGGCCAGGGCCUAGCAAAGGCUCACGCAGGGGUACAAAGAGGCCUCGAGAGGGGGAUCAGUCCCCUGAAAAUGAUUGCACAACAGGCCAAUCCGUCAGCCACACAAUUUCGUCUUUACCGCCGGUGGUUGAUAUACCGUCUAGCUGCUCUCGGCAGAUCAUGCCUAUCACGUCGCAGCUUACACUCGACGACAUAGAAACUCUGACCCUGUACUGCUCGCUUCUUCUCCCGACCCAAGCCUUUGAAUUAGGCCAGCGGUUUGGCUGGACCAUAAACACCGUCUUUCCACUGUUUCGGCAAGGAGCGCUCUUGGAACAGCUGCAAGACGGCACCAUAUGCGGUGCUCUACCGCCCGUCAUAUAUGCGCUAUCGGCGAAAGGCACCGAGACAGACUUUCUGUCCGCCAACGUGGACGUGCAUGCGGCGCUGGUAAGCUUGGCCGAGUCAGCCAAGAUCGAAGCCGAGAGCGUCACGGAGCCGCUCGCCCUCAACCAAUGGCGCAUGGCGUGUUUACUUGCGUGGUACUGCUUCCACCAGACGCCUGGAAACAGUGAAGCGAUCCGCAUCACCGUGCUGACCCAGAAGGCAUAUCAGUGCGGGCUGCACCAGAUCGACAGUGUCGAGAACCAGGCGUCGUUCGGCUGGGACAAGAUGAGCGAUGCAUUGCUGGAAGAUUGGCGCCAUGUUUGGUGGACUGUUUAUACCCUGGACUGCUGCGCCAGCUUUUCGACGGCAACACCACAUCAGAUCGAGACGGAGAGCAUAAGAACAGCCCUCGUACAGAAUAAGCCGCAACUCGAUAUUAACCGCAGCACCCCAUCGGAGAAGCUCUUCCUACCGCCAGACCGGGCCGAUUUGUGGAAACUUGCCCAGGACAUCUCGAAUUCAGGCGGCGAUAACGCUGCUAGCCUCCAUCUGGUCAUCAGCAUCUUGCUGAAAGAAGUCGUUACCACGUACCGCCGGCGUUGCCAAAACCCGUCUCCUUCUUCAGAACAAAGCAUGUCGGCACUGGAAGACUAUUUGAGUGCCGUACAGCUGGCUCUGCCGUCUAACUAUAUGCGGCAGACGCGCGACAUACUCCGCGGAGAGACAGAUAACAACUGCCACUGGCGGCUGCUGACCUUGCUAAAGAUUCAUAGCGCGCGUCUGCUUAUGCGCCUUCCUUGCCGUUCUCGUUCUCUCGAUACGCCUGACUGGGAUAUUCGAUGGGAAGAAAACCUCGAGAUUUGCUACCGCAUGGUCGAGGUCAUCCAGCAGUGGCACGUGCCGGAUCCUCCAGCCAUCGACCCGGCCAUGUGCUUCAUGUGUCUCUCAUUGCUGAUGCUGUUGCAUCUGCAUAGCCUGUCGAGCGCUGAGUCUAAUCCGCGACUGCAUGAACCUGUCGCGAGGCGGAAAAACAUCGUCAGGCUGUUCCUGCAUAACUAUGCAACGCACUGGACUCUGCCUCGAUUUCUUUUAGACUGUUACGAUGCGUUGAUCCGCAAACUCAUCGGGCCACUACAACCGAAAGAUAUAGAACGAAUCUUGGAUCAUUUCAACGGUCCACUGCACCAAAAGUGGCUGAGUUUUCUUUCUCUAUUGCCUCCGAGAUAUGCCAGCACUCGCUCCAGCAAAUUGAGUGAUCCAAAUGGCCCCCAGUCUCCCAUGGUUGCAGGUACGGGUGAGGCAUGCUCACAAACUUAUGGAACUGAUUUUGGGUGCAAUUUCGACUUGGGGAACGUUUUUGAGUUUGGGAAUGCGUUUGAUUUCGAACAUGGUUUUGAAUUCUAGGACAACUUCACUCAAUCACCUUCGCUCCACAAUGAAUUGUAGCAUAGUUGUGAC